AUGGCCUCGAGAUCACAAACUAUCUCAUCAUCAUCCGCACUACUGCUUGGGUUCCUCGUGCUACUGCUGCCCCUGCAGUACACUGAUGCAUCAUCAGGCGAAACGACGAUCUACGUUGUGUACAUGGGUAGAAAGAUGCACGAUGACCCAUCCGUGGUCAUGGCUUCUCACCACGCCGCGCUGACCUCCAUUCUUGGGAGCAAGGAUGAAGCCCUCAACUCCAUAGUUUACAGCUACAAGCACGGAUUCUCCGGUUUCGCGGCAAAGCUCACCGAGGCGCAGGCAGAGGAGCUUCGGAAAUACCCUGGUGUUGUGAGAGUGAGGCCUAACACUUACCACAAAUUGCACACGACUCGGAGCUGGGAUUUUCUUGGCAUGAGCUACGGCCAACAGCCAUCAGCGUCGUCGUCACGGCUCCUUAGGAAGGCCAAGUACGGCGAGGAUGUCAUCGUCGGCGUCAUAGACGGAGGCAUCUGGCCGGAAUCACGGAGCUUCGACGACACCGGAUAUGGCCCCGUGCCGAAACGGUGGAAAGGCGUGUGCCAGACCGGCCAGGCGUUCAACGCGAGCAACUGCAACCGGAAGAUCAUCGGCGCGAGGUGGUACAACUGCGACGCCCGGGAGGAGGGCCUCAAGGGCGAGUACAAGUCGGCGAGGGACGCCGACGGCCACGGCACGCACACUGCCUCCACGAUCGCCGGCUCGCCGGUGUGCUUCUGUGAUUGCGGCCUAGCGUCGAUAGUCGCGGCCAUCGACGCCGCCAUUGGAGACGGCGUGGACGUCCUGUCCAUGUCGUUGGGAGGUUCGGAGAUCGAGGAGACGCAGCACGCCGUCUCGGCCGGGAUCACAGUGGUGCUCUCCGGAGGGAACAAUGGCCCCGUGCAGCAGUCUGUCAGCAACGCCCUGCCGUGGGGCAUCACGGUGGCCGCCACCACCGUGGAUCGCUACUUCCCGACCGUCAUAAUACUCGUCGGCGGAGAAAAACUGGUGGGGCAAUCACUAUUUUACCACAACCGCUCAGCUGCAUCCAACAGCAACGACGACUUUACUUCGCUUUAUCUUGUGACCAAGGGCUGCGACAGGAAGAACCUCGGAUCCGCAAACAUCACCGGGAAAAUCAUCGUAUGCUUUGCACCGCCGUUCCCGCAGUCCACCUAUCCUCCGCCGGCGGAGUUUUACAUGGCGACGCAAGCCGCCAUCGCCGGCGGGGCCAAGGGCAUCAUCUUCGAGCAGUACAGCACCGACAUCCUCGACAGCCAGAUGUACUGCCAAGGCCACAUGCCCUGCGUGGCGGUGGACAGAGAAACCAUAUUCAGGAUCCAAUACAGCGAAAGCACGGUGGCCAAGAUAUCUCCGGCGGCGACCGUGGUCGGAGCCCAGGUUGCCUCACCGAGAGUCGCCACGUUCUCGUCGAGGGGCCCCAGUGCACAGUUCCCCGCCCGACAUAGCUGCCCUGGAGUGAGCAUCUUGGCAGCCAAGGGUGACUCGUACGAGCUCAUGUCUGGGACAUCCAUGGCAUGCCCUCAUGUCUCCUCAGUGGUCGCCUUGCUCAAGGCGGUUCACCCGGACUGGUCGCCUGCCAUGCUCAAGUCCGCCAUUGUUACCACAGCAUCGGUGACGGAUCGAUUCGGCAUUCCAAUCCAAGCCAACUCAUUGCAAAGGAAACCGGCGGACGCCUUCGACAUGGGCGGCGGCAUCAUACAGCCGGACAAGGCCAUUGACCCUGGCCUGGUAUACGACAUCACACCGGAGGAGUACACCGACACCGACGAGAUUGUCCAGCUCAACCUCCCCUCCAUCGCUGUGCCCGACCUCAAAAAGUCCAUCACAGUCUCACGCACGGUCACCAACGUCGGGCCGGCCAAGGCGACGUACCGGGCCGUAGUGGAGGCGCCGGCGGGCCUGAGGAUGAGCGUGGAGCCUCCGGUGAUCGCCUUCCAGAAAGGUGGCGCCAGGAACGCGACGUUUAAGGUGACGUUCGUGGCGAAGCAGAGAGUGCAGGGCGGCUACGCGUUUGGGAGCCUGACGUGGCUGGAUGACGGCAAGCACUCAGUGAGGAUCCCCAUCGCCGUUCGGACCGUCGUCCGGGACUUCGUCGCCGACACAUCUUGA